AUGACGUCCAUUAAUAUAGCGGCAUACGGUGAAUAUUACUCAAAGGGCAGUCAUGCCCUAAGGAAGGAGAAGGUGACUCACCUUCACUUCUUCCUUCACGACGUUCUUAGUGGCCAAAACCCUAUUGCAAUCAAGGCAGCUGCAUCUAAUCGUACCCAAGCUGAUGACAAAUCACCGGCACCAUUUGGAAGCGUAUUUGUCGCUUGUUGGAAUCCAGUGUCGAAGAGGGAUCGUGAGCUUGAGGUCGUUGGAGGAAAAGGGAAGUUUAGGAUGGCUAAUGAGUUUGCCAAGGUCAAAACCAACUUUCUCAAUGUCGCUACUAGUGAUGCUGUUCUUGAGUAUAAUGUCACUUUGGUCCAUAGCUAG